AGGCAGUGUGUUUUUUCACUUGUUUGAUUCAGUACAGAUGAUUUAGAUGUGUCUGUUAAAAAAAAAAUUCAGGGUUGAUCGCGUAAUUUAAGGAACAUGUCAUCGUCGCCGAGCACUACCCCUACUCACCGUCAUCCUCACCUCUCCACAGCCAUGUUGUUGGACAGAGCAUUGUCUGCCCGGCGCGGCUCCACUUUCAGCGACGACGAAGACGACGCCGCCACCGACGACGAAUCCAAGACCAAGAAACAUCAGCACUUCUUUUUCCACGCCACCAAUCGGGGUUCCCAUUGCCUCUCACGAAUCGGCUCUGGUGCUUACUGUGUCUGUGCCGUUGCGUCUCUUGUCGUCCUCUUCUUACUCUCCUCCUUCCUCUUUACUUCUCGAGGCUUCGUCUGCAUCUCAUCCUCCUAUAGCCCUGUGUCUCGUGCUGGCUUCUUCGGGUUUGACGGUCUUGAAUCCGAUUUUGGAGCCCUCGGCGUGCCCUGGUGCAGAACGAAACAUGGUAAAAUGGUGGAGUGGACGUCAAAAGAUCUGCUCAAGGGAUUGGAAGAAUUUGUUCCUAUAUAUGAAACCCGACCAAUAAAAAACAACAUGUAUGGGAUGGGUUUUGAUCACAGCUUUGGGCUUUGGUUCAUAGCUCAGUGGCUGAAGCCAGAUCUGAUGAUUGAGAGUGGUGCUUUUAAGGGACAUUCAACUUGGGUUUUGCGGCAGGCUAUGCCUGAUACACCAAUUAUCUCUAUAACACCAAGGCAUCCAGAGAAGUAUCUCAAAAAGGGGCCUGCUUAUGUUGAUGGGAACUGCACAUAUUACGCUGGCAAGGACUUUGUAGAUUUUGGAAAUAUUGACUGGUCAAAAGCAAUGAAGAAACAUGGAAUUAGCAACCUUAGUCGGGUUCUCAUAUUUUUUGAUGAUCAUCAGAAUGAAUUGAAAAGAAUUAAGCAAGCUCUAAAAGCUGGGUUUCGGCAUCUUGUUUUUGAGGAUAACUAUGACACUGGAACUGGAGACCAUUAUUCACUGAGGCAGAUAUGUGAUCAAUCCUAUAUAAGUGGAGGGGGGCACAGCUGCUAUAGGGAUAGCGAUGAAGCUAGGCUCAGGUCAAGAAGGAAGAAAUUCUGGGAGAAAGCUGUUGACAUUGAAGAACUUUGUGGACCAGGAGAUCAAUGGUGGGGAGUUAGAGGCUACAUGCGAGAUAACUUUAAUCAUAGUAAUAAGCCGAUUUCAUAUGCAGAACAUUUCGAGAACAGCAGGUUUGUGGAAUCAAUCCUUGAUGUUUACUGGGAACUCCCUCCAGUUGCUGGUCCUUCACUCACUCAUCAAACCAGAUAUGAUCCUGCCCGUGCAACGAGUCCUAUAAUUGAAGAUGGGCGCUAUGGUUUGUUUCAAAGACUUGGUUUGUCCAGACUCGACAAUAGUAUAUUUAAUGGGUACACUCAGAUGGUUUAUUUACAGAUAUCUGAAGAAUCUAGAUAAGUUUACGAGGAAAUUUUAUGAUGUAUUUUGUAUGAAUUGUUGCUUCAGCUGAUUAAGGCUUGAUAUGUAGUGUUUUCCCCCUA